AUGCUCUGGCGGCGCACUGCUCUCCGUACGGCUGCUGCGUCACAACUGGGCCGCACCAACAGCCGGGGCGCGCGGCUGCCCCCACCCAGCUGUGACGUCACGGGGCGGCGUUGCCAGCUGGCCUGCGGAAUACGUCCACCGGAACCACGUGCUGGGUACGGAGCGCCUGCCCCCCCUCAGCCCGUGCCGCUGGCUCUGCUGCCGCUCUCUCGUGUCGACACAUCUGCCGCGCAUGCUGCAGUCGCCGCCAUCGGGCCCUCGUGUCGUGACGUCCAGGUGGCGGCGUGGCUGAGUGGGCGUGGCGCCGCUGACAGCGGGGAGUUCUGCCCCCAGCUGGCUCUGCUGGGGGUGCCGCCCUCCACGAGGUCCCGGCUGCCCACCACCUUGAAGCGCUCGCCUCCACAGAUCCUGACUGAGGAGCAGAAGCAGAUGCUGGCUGGGAGGCUGAUCAUUGCUGCGUCUCAGGGUCAGACCGGCCAAGUGCGGGCACUCCUGGAUGCGGGGUCGCCAGUCAACGCGACAGACGCCAGUGGCGACACUGCCCUGCAUGAAGCAGUGAUGAAUGGCCACGAAGAAACUGUCAAGUGCCUGAUUGAUGCCGGAGCAGAUGUCAACGUCAGGGACUCGGAUGGGAUGACGCCUCUGCACUGGGCUGCAUGUAGAGGUGGCGAGCAGCACAUUGUAUGGAUGCUACUGGCGGCAUCAGCGUGUGUAGAUGUCCAGCACGAUGCGGGGGAGACUCCACUCCAUGUGGCUGCCAGAUGGGGGUGUGCAUAUGCAGCAAAGGCACUGCUGCUGGCCGGUGCGAGGAGCGACAUAAGGGGUAACAGUGGGCAGAAGCAGACACGGUACAACUAUUUAGCACUCAACAAAUCUUGUGAUUAA